AUGCCUAACCUUUCUGACUGUUCGAGGUCUCUCAAGGCACAGCAGGAGACGAACUUCCCUCCAACGCCAUUCUUUGAUGGGCCAGAAGCACCUUGCCGUUUCGAAGCGGAAGUCUAUAAUUGCAUUGUCCGCGGUUCAAUCCCACAAGAGAUAGACGGAACAUACUACCGUUGCAUGCCCGACUGGUCUUGGGCCCCUCUUUACGAAGACGAUGUUUUCAUCAACGGGGAUGGCGCCAUAGAUGCAGUUCGAAUCAGGAACGGUCACGCCGACUUCAAGCAGAAGUAUGUGCGCACUGCCAAGUUUAACAUUGAGAGGGCAGCGAGGCAGUCAGUCUUUGGCAAAUAUCGAAACCGCUACUCAGACGACCCAAGAGUGAAGCAUGAGGUUCACUCCACUGCGAACACUCAUAUUGUGUAUUUCGAAAACCAGCUACUGGCAUUGAAAGAAGACUCUAGGCCGUACGCAAUGGACCCGGACUCCCUUGAAACCAGAGGAUUGUACGACUUUCAUGGGCAGUACUCAGCUCCAACUUUUACCGCGCAUCCGAAAAUUGACCCUGACAAUGGAGAGCUGAUCACCAUGGGCUAUGAAGCUAAAGGCGAUGCGACAAAUGAUGUUGCAUACUAUCUCUUCGAUAAGAACGGGGAGAAGCUCGAAGAAUGUUGGAUUAAGACGCCGUAUGUGGGAAUGAUGCACGAUAUGGCAGCGACCAAGAAUUGGAUCGUAUUCGUACUCAUUCCACUUGAGACACAGCCAGUUGAAAUACUGCAGCAAGGAUCGAAGCAUUUCGCAUGGGCUGAGGACAAGACCCUGACCUUUGGUCUUCUGCCGCGGCGAAACCCUAAACCUGAAGAUGUUCGGUGGUUCAACUUCAAGAACGCCUUCUACGGACACACCGGAAACGCGUUCGAAGGCGAAGACGGAUGUGUUUACCUCGACGCGCCCCUUACCCACCAUAACAAGUUUUGGUUCUUUAGUCCACGAGGCGAAGACCCAUUCUCUCACCCAAGCGGUAAAGCAGCGGUGGGACAACCUGCUAGUAGCUAUGUGCGCUGGAAGCUCGAUCCCAACGCAACAACCUUCCAAGUUGAGCCGACCGAGCUCGUCGCCCUCGAUGGCGAAAUGCCCAAGGUUGAUGAAAGAUUCGCAACCAAAGCGUACAGCAAACUGUUCCUUUGCGUUCAUGAUCCAAAGGCCAAGUACAGUCCUGUCGGUGGGACUUACAACACCAUUGCAGCUGCAGAUAUCAACACCGGGAAGUAUGAUCACUGGUCUGCGGGGGAACAUACUUCCCUACAUGAGGUAGCUUUCUUACCAAGGUCCCCGGAGGCUGCGGAAGGAGACGGCUUUCUUGUGACCAUCGCGAACAGACGAGAUGUCAGACUGUCCUGCAUUUUGAUCCUCGACGCCAAAGAUAUUGAAUCAGGCCCUGUGGCAAUAAUUGAACUACCUUUUCGGCUACGCAAUGGCAUACAUGGAAGUUGGGUGCCCCGCUCGGACAUGUUGCAUGAUAAAGAUCUCUGCGAUAUGUCUGGCGUAACUACAGAGAUUCGGCAGAAGUUUGAGGGUAUCACCGUUCAGCCAGCCCUACGAAAGUAA